AAUCAUUUGACAACAUCCAAAUCCAUGUCAAAUCUCAAAUCAUAUCAUGUUCUGUGUGCCAAAUAAAAUAACGAAGGGCACAGAUGAUAGAUGAUAAUGGCUGUAUUUCAAAAUAUAUUUAAACAAACUAAAUUGCUUGGAAGUAGAGCGUCUUCAAUUUGUUCUUCAAUAAUACCUCAUAAUGGAAUGUCUCAAUACCCCAGUUAUUAUGUCCCCCCAAUUUACAAGAAGGAACUCCAAAAUGCUUUGAUUAAAGAUGGAGAAAUCCAAAAACUAACACAUAUUCCGAUCAAAGCAGCACUUAUAGACCAAACAUGUUCAGCAACACACGAUGCAGAAGUGAACUUGAUGAUCAACUAUUUAAUGAAAGACGGAAAGAAAGUUUUAGCUCGUAGUUUAAUGGAUAAGUGUUUUGAACAUAUUAAAAAAAUUCAACUCGCCAAAUACAACCGAUGUGAGACAGAAGAAGGAAAAUCGGCAAUAGAAUUGAAUCCAAAAGUAAUUUUCCAUGAGGCAGUAGAGAAUUGUAAACCUAUUAUGUGUUUGACACCCAUUAAGAGAGGAGGUGUUAGAUAUCAGGUCCCUGUUCCUAUCUCUGCAAAGAGAGCACAAUUCUUUUCGAUGAAAUGGUUGAUUGCUGCAUCUAAAGAAAAAGAAUCCACUGUGAGAUUCAGUUAUCAAAUGGCCCUGGAAUUGAUAGAUGCUGCUAAUAAUACUGGAAAGGUUAUAAGGAAGAAACAAGACUUGCAUAGGCAGUGUGAGGCAAAUAGAGCUUAUGCCCAUUAUAGGUGGGGUUGAGUAGUUUACAGUCUUGAAUAAAUUUUGAUCAAUGAACAA